AGCUGUCGCAGAAACGCCCCGCUGGCCAGCUCGCCCUCGCCACCUUCUUACUCCUUUCUUGGCCCCGCCCUGCUGGCUGAGUGACAAGAGGAAAUGUUUUCCCCGCAGGGGACCAGCCUUCUAGGAUCCGUGGCUGCUGAAUGAAGGACUGCCAGGUUCCUGAGCGUGGAAGAGUGUCCAGGUGGGAUGUCAGAAGGCUGACAGUAUUGUUCCUCUUGAUACUGCUGGCUGCAGCCAGGUAAUCCCAACGCACACUCCAAGGCUCUGACCAAGUCCCAAGGAGAAAAACCAUCAUUUUCUGAAAGAAAACGCAACAAGUUGCAGCCAGUGGCCUGUUACACACCACAUCAUGGAGACCGAUGAUCACAAGGCCACCCAGGAGGAACCCAUGUCGUGCAGCCGUGGGACAGCUAGAGUGGAAGACAGUUGUAAGCUGAUUGAGGCUAUUCACAAGGAAGAUGUGGAUGAAAUCCAGCAACUGCUGCACAGAGGGGCUGAUGUCAACUUCCAGGAAGAAGUAGGGGGUUGGACACCUUUGCAUAAUGCAGUCCAAUGUGGCAGGAAGGACAUUGUGGAACUUCUGCUCCGUCACGGUGCUGACCCUCACCAGAGGAAGAGGAACGGGGCCACUCCCUUCAUCAUCGCUGGGAUCAUGGGACACGUGGAGCUGCUGCAGCUUUUCCUUUCCAAAGGGGCCGAUGUCGAUGAGUAUGACUCCAAUGGCUUCACAGCUCUCAUGGAAGCUGCUGGGCGGGGUAGGAUCAAAGCUCUCAGGUUUCUUUAUGAGAGCGGAGCCAAGGUGAAUCUGCAUCGAAACUCUAAAGAGGAACAAAAGCGGCUGAGGAAAGGAGGGGCCACGGCUCUCAUGGACGCUGCUGAAAAUGGCCACACAGAUGUCCUGAGGAUUCUCCUGGAUGAGAUGGGGGCAGACGUCAACGCCAGGGACAAUAUGGGCAGGAAUGCCUUGAUCCACGCUCUCCUGUCACGCUCUCCUGAUAGCAGUGUGGAGGAUAUUACCCGCCUUCUGCUGGAUCACGGGGCUGAUGUCAAUGUGAGAGGAGAAAGAGGCAAGACGCCCCUGAUCCUAGCAGUGGAAAAGAAGCAUGUUGGUUUGGUACAGAUGCUUCUGGAACAAAAGUGUAUAGAGAUCGAUGACACGGACAGCGAGGGCAAGACAGCCCUGCUGGCUGCUGUGGAGCUCAGACAGACCCGGAUGGCCCAGCUGCUGUGCCACAAGGGGGCCAGCACGGAUUGCGGGCCUCUCGUGAGGACAGCGAAACUGAAUUACGACCACUCCCUGGUGAAGCUCCUUCUCUCCUGCGGAGCUAGAGACUGUUUCCAGCCUCCUCCUGAAGACUGGGAGCCCCAGAGUUCACGUUGGGGGUCAGCCCUGAAAAAACUGCACAGAAUGUACCGCCCGAUGAUUGGCAAACUCAAGAUAUUUAUGGAUGAAGAGUAUAAAGUUGCUGAGACUUCUGAAGGGGGCAUCUACCUGGGUUUCUAUGAGGAGAAAGAGGUGGCUGUGAAGCUAUUCCUCGAAGACAGUGCACGUGCAGAAAGGGAAGUCUCCUGUCUGCAGAGCUGCCGAGAGAACAGUAACUUGGUGACACUCUAUGGGAGCGAGAGCCACAAGGGCUGUUUGUAUGUGUGCGUGGCCCUCUGUGAACGGACUCUGGAAGAGCACUUGGAUGUGCACAGAGGGGAAGCUGUGGAGAACGAGGAAGAUGAGUUUGCUCGAAAUGUCCUCUUAUCUAUAUUUAAGGCUGUUCAUGAGCUGCACUCGUUGCAUGAAUACACUCAUCAGGAUCUGCAGCCAAGAAACAUCUUAAUAGAUUCCAAGAAGGCUGUUCGCUUGGCAGAUUUUGAUCAGAGCCUCAAGUGGACUGGAGACCCACAGGAAAUCAGGAGAGACCUAGAGGCCCUUGGACGGCUGGUCCUCUAUGUGGUAAAGAAGGGAGAGACUCCUUUUGAGGAGCUAAAGGCUCAAGGCAAUGCAAAGGUGAUUGAACUUUCUCCAGAUGAGGAAAUUAAGGACCUCAUUGAUCACCUGUUCUGUCCUUUGGAACCUGUGAAGGACCAUCUGGGUGACCUUCUGGAUCAUCCUUUCUUUUGGAGUUGGGAGAAACGCUAUAGGGCACUUCGGGAUGUGGGAAAUGAAAAUGACAUCAAGCGUAGAAAAACUAAGAGUGAGAUCCUCACACGACUAACACCUGGGUCAUCUGAACCUCCCAGAAGUUUUAACUGGUGGACAUAUAAGAUUGACAAAGAUGUUAUGAAACGCAUGAAUAAGUUCUACGAAAAAAAUGGGGAUUUCUACAGGGACACUGUGGGUGAUCUGUUAAAGUUCAUCCGGAAUAUGGGAGAACACAUUAACGAGGAAAAAAACAAAUGGGUCAUUUUGGAGAGAAGAAAGGUUGCAGUGUUUACAAGGUUGUUGUGGAUGAAGAAGAAAAUUGGAGAUCCUUCCUGUUAUUUUCAGAAGACAUUUCCAGAUCUGGUCAUCUACGUCUAUAGGAAGUUACAGAACACGGAAUACAGAAAGCAUUUCCCCCAAACCCACAACCCAACCAAGCCUCCGUAUAACAGAGGUGGCCAGGGAGGGAGGCUGGCCAGCCCUGAGUAUUGAGUCUUUCAAGUUCAAGGAGCCACUUACUAGCUAUGUAAUUGGCAAUCACAACUCUCGGAGCCUCUUAGCUACACCGUUGCUUGUGAGGGAUGAGUUGGACAGCAGUGUGUCAAUUUCCAGCACACGCAUUCCACACUUUGGUAACAAAGGCAGUGUAUGUUCAGACUUCCCUGGUCCCUGAUAGUGGGCAAGGCUUAUUGGCAGGGACUGGGAGAGCAUCCUGCUAAGUUUUCUCUUGUCAUUUGCAACAAAGGAGGGAAUGCCAAGACCUCUCAGGCCACGUGUUUUACAAUGAUUAUCUCAUUUAAUUCUCUCAAUGACCUACAUGAUAACAACCAGAACUUAUUAUCCCCAUGGAAGAACCUGAGGCUCAGAGAGUUUGAGCUACUUGCCUGAGAUCAUAUAAUCUGCACAGAGCAAGGUAUAAACGGAAGUUACUGUGAUUGUUCUGUCUUACUUAGGUACUUUAAAAACUUAAUUAGCGGCCCAGGGCUUUUUUGGAUGAGACCUAAAAGGAAUAUGCCAAAAGAGUUCCAGGAAGCUCAUUCAUGCAUUCAUAUUUGUAAGUCUACACACUAGUUGUAUGAAUUCCAUUCCUAUAAGCACUUGCACUGAUUUUUCAUGACCUUAAGAGAGUAGGUCUCAACUAGGGGCAAUUUUGCUCCUCAAGGGGCAUUUGUCUGUGUCUGAAGAAGUCUUUGGUGUCACAGCUCUGGGAAAGAACGACAAUAUUGGUGUUUGUAGGUAGAGGCCAGGGGUUCUGCCAAAUACUCUUUGGUGCACAAGACAACCCCCAACACACAACACCCAGAUCAGAACAUCAGCGGUGCCGAGACAGAUAAAUCCUGUCUUAAGGGACUGAGAUGCUUUUGAACUGGCUGGAGGCCCAGGACUGUGGAGCGUGUGGACGACCCCAGAGAGGAGUGACCCGGAUUUAUUUUCUUGCUGCCGCAUCUGUAAUGGAGCACUUCCUUUUGCCAUCGGCCACUCAAGAAGUUCCCCAUCCACCCUCACUUCCCUGCUCCACUCCGGGUGCUCAAUACAUUCUCUCCACCCUGUAGUUUGAUUUCCCCACUGGGAUUGAAGCCCCUUAAAGCUAAUGAUUAUCUGUUUUGGAAUUUGUAUCUUCACUGCUUAGCCAAAUGUUUGUCCCGCCAUAAUGCUCAAUGAGUAGCCACUGAAUAAUUAUUAUUUAUUAUUAUUCAUGUACAAAGAAGAGGACAUCUUUGCACAUGAAAAAUAAUACUACUUUACAUUUUAUGGUGCCUUAUAAUUUAUUCAUAUCUAUAUAUUAUCUCAUUUCAUUUCCAAAAUAAUUUUUUCAGGUUGUCAUUGAAAUCCUUAUUUUGCUGAUGAGGACAUUAAGGUUAGAAAUAACUUCGAUGUACUCUAGGACAUAACCAGGGAGUUGUCGCUGUUUUUGAAUAGGUUUUCUGACACUCAUUCUGGAGUUUUUUGCACUUAUCAUCAUGGUGGCUAAGUUAAGAUGGAACCUUGGAAUGGGAAUGUAAUAUGCAAAGAGGGUGGUGUCCGGUGCUGGAUAAAUGGUUGUACGGAAUAGAGUUAAGACAUACUGGAAGAAAUAAACUGAAGGGCUUUUUUAAAAUGAGGGAUCUAUGAACAGCAAGAUUGCUCUAGGUUUCAAAGUUAAGUAUUGGUUGUCUGAUACAUAGUGAGUACUUGGAUAUGUCAGUCAAAAUGCCCAUGUGUGAACAGUGCUCAAUACAAUUUUGAUUUGUCUUAUUAAAUUUGAUUUUCUUUGAGUGA